UAUGAUGUGAUAACAUUCGGGCGACGCCAUUCGAAAGUGACUUCAAUUGCAGCGCUGACCACAAAAGGUUUUCCGCGCAGGUGCGAACGCAUUUUGGGUUCAGUUUUCACUUAACGCCAAAAACUAGAACACAAGUGAAAUUUUCGUCGUCGUUGCCUAGCCGCAGUCAUAGCCAUAGUCAUAGCCACAAUUUUAGCUGCUGUCCGGCAAUCAUGUCACGUGCUGCGUUCAUUUGGGAUUUGCGAAUGCGCAGCACGUAGUCCGCGUUAGCUGAAUGUUCGCUGGGCUAAUCCAUAAGGUCUUAAUGUCUUCACCCCAACUCUUUUGCAGCGAAAGAAUAUGCCUAUUGUGGCACGCGAGGACAGUGCACCGGCUGUGCAGGAGCCGGAGGCGGAGCCGGAAAUGCCAGCCAGCGGCAGCGCAGCGGAAGCAGCUCCUCUGGUGGGCACAUUGACGCUGCCGAGCAAUGCCACCUCGAUACGGGCGGACAUAACGGACAACUUUUCGUGUGCGAACAAAUCGUAUGGCUACUAUGCGGAUGUGGAGAACGACUGCCAGAUCUUUCAUGUGUGCCUGCCGGUGACCUAUGCGGACGGCAAGGAGAACACCUUCCGCUGGAGCUUCAUUUGCCCCGAGGAGACGAUCUUCAGUCAGGAAUCCUUCACUUGCAUGCGGCGCGAGGACAUGGCCAUUGAGUGCGAGGACAGCUACAGGUACUACGAGCUGAACGGCAACUUUGGCCUGCCCGCGGAGGAGGAGAAGGAGAGCGCCAAUAAGCAGCCGGAGAGCGAACAGCUCGACCAGCAGAAGCCCCAGCCCGAGGAAAGCGAAGAAGCUGCUCAAGCUGCUCCGGCUGAACCCGCUGUAGUUGUCGUCCCCGCUCCGGAGCCAGCGAAGCCCGUGAAGGUGCAAAAGCCCAAGCCAAAGCCGAAUCGCCGCAAGCCCGCCGUCACCUACAACAAGCCCGCCGUCGUAUACAACAAGCCCCAGAGAAAGGCGCCCGUUGUCGUCGCCACAGCAGCUCCGGUUGUUGAAGCCGUCGAGGAACCAGAACCCGAAGUCGUGUCUGUGUCUGUUGUCCCGCAGGCGUCCAAGCCUCUGAAGCCGCAGCGUUUCAGCGUUCGGCCCAAUAAGGAUAAGCCGCAGCACAUCAAGCCGGCUGUGCCUGCAACUGCGGCGCCCAUUCGCAAUGAGCUCUUCAAUUCCAUACGCAAGCGUCCGGCAAUCUUCAACAAGAACAGCGCGUCCAGCACCGCAAAACCUGUGCAGGAGAGCGCAGAGCCAGCGGUCACCGAAGCAGUUGUCCAGGCGGAGCUCAGUGAGCCGCAGCCCACGCUGAAGCUGCAGACAAUGUUUGUGGAGCCAGUUGCCCAGGCCUCCGAGCCGGUUGUGGCUAUUGCAGAGCCAGAGCCAGAGGCAGAGCCGGAGCCGGAGGCAGAGCCGGAGCCAGAGGCAGAGCCGGAGCCAGAACAAACCAAGCUAAAGGAGCCGGUGGAGGAAGCUAGCCCAAUGCCCGAUCAAAUGGUUGAAAUAAAGCCCAUUGAAGCCAUUCCAGAGAUUCCAGCUGUGAUCGUUGAGAGCUUGGCGGAAAAGCCGCAAGAGAUUGAGUCAGCUGAUGAGCAAGUGCCUCAAAUGGAGGUCAUAGCCGCCGAAAGUCCCAUGGAGCCCGCGAUUAUGGAGUCCAGCGGCUCCGGUGAGGAAAGUUUGAACAAUAUUGAAGCGCUGGAGGCGGCCAAGCCAGCGGAUGCGCCCGUCAGCCUGCCAGCUACGCCAGAAAUGGCGAAUCCUAGUCCCCUGGUGGAGCAGAUGCUGGACAACAAUAGCGAGAUGCAGGAAUCUAUUGGCGGCUUCAAGCCCGUCGAUCCAGUCAUGGCUGCUGAGGCGGAACAGCUGAUCACCGACUUUCUGAACACGCUGCGCAAGCACGAGACGAAAACCGAGACUGAGCUGGCCAAUGCUGCCAUGGACAUGGCCGAAACCGUUGAGCAGCAGCAGCAGCCACAAAUUGAAGAGAACGACUCGAAGCCGGCAAUUGAAGAGACCGAAGCGGCAGCGGCCGUUUCCGUUGAGGAGGCCAAGCUGCCGGAGCCCGACACAGUCGAUCCGAUUGCCUCGGUCGAGGAGCAGCUGCUGGAAACGGAGCCACAACUGAAACUGAAGCUGAAACAGAAACAGAAAGAGGACUCGCCCAUCAUCAACAUCAUGCAGCUAAAUCAUUUGCCCGCAGACUAUCAAAUACCCGUGCAGGUGGUUGCAGCACCUGAAGCAGCUGAGGAGUCCGCUAAAGAGACGGAAGUCCAGGGAGCAGCAAUCCAAGACGAUGCACAGGAGAGUCUGGCCUCGGCUGCCUAUAUGCCCGCCAUCAGUAUUGACGACAUUGUGGAGCUGGUCAAGGAGCGUCUCGAUCAGAAUCCCAAGAAUGAGCAGCUGACGCCCAUGGAACUGGUCCUAACACCAGGUGCUGCUGCUCCCAUGACACUGAUAGAGAGCACCGCAGAGCAGAAGCCGGAGGGAGAGCCACAAACGGCAGCUCUCAUUGUGGAGCCGGCGCCAGCUGCUGCAGUGGAGGAGGAGGAGGCACCUAUUCUGCCCAUUUACAAGCGAGUUUCUGUCGCGGAUCCGGCAAUGUCCGCGGCGCAAACCCAGCCGGUGACCGUCAGCAAAGCAGAGACUGAGGUGGAGACUGAGGUGCGUGAGCCCAAGUCCCAGACAAGAAUGGAUGCACGCAAGCGUCGCUUUCUCUUUCGCGCCGAUGCCAGCUAGGAGCAAAAAACCUUCCUCCAAACAAAACCCGCCCGCAAUAAGCAAACCUAAAGCCGUAGCCGUAGCGGAGCCCAUUUCCAAAAAAAAAAAACAAAAACCCACGUCCAAGGCUCCCGACGCUGUUCCCAGCUCAUUUGCAGCUUUACAGACUAUUUUUUGACAUUUUCUAGUUUUAUGGCCAUUUCUUGAAAUUUAAG